AGCAGAGCUCAGAUCAGGUCUGAGGAGCUGCUUCAGUCCGCAGCUCCGGAGCCAGAGGUGUCCUUCAGCCACAAACACCGACUCCCUGACAAAGUGUCGCAACUCGCCUCACUACUCUUUCAGUCAAACGUUUAAUUUUCUUCCACACUGAGGCUCAACACUCCGUCCUGAUAAGUUUUGAAUGAGCCGGCUCACGUAGAGAACUUUUUUUUGUCUUUCUUUCUCUCCACGCUGGGAUAAAGUUUCCACAGACUCGUGAUGGCUGUCCUGUCACUAGCUUUACUCCUUGUAGGAUUUGCACUGACUUCAGCUGACAAGGCUGGUGAAGUAGGUACAGAGGAACAACUGAGGAGUCGGCUGAAGGAGUACGGUUUGGUGACGCCCUUCAGCACCGACUCCCACGGACACUACCUGUCUCACCUGCUGUCGGCCACCCACAAGCAGCGCGUCAAGAGGGAGGCGUUUUCCUCCGGCGACUCCGAACAGAGACUUUUCUUCAACAUCAGCGCCUUCGGGAAGGAGUUCCACCUCCGCCUGCGCCCGAACAACCGGCUGGUGGCGCCCGGAGCAAUGGUGGAGUGGCACGACGAGAUCCAAGCAUUUGGAAACUUCAGUACCGCCAACGUUUCCACCGUGGACCAGGCCGAACCCGGCCACAACGCAACAGAGAGGAUACUGCGCCGUGAGCUGCUCAAGACGGACUGCACCUUUACUGGUGACAUCACGGACGUCCCCGGGGCCUCGGUUGCCAUUAACAACUGCGACGGUUUGGCUGGGAUGAUCCGGACCGACUCGGACGAAUACUUCAUCGAGCCGCUGGAGAAAGGAGCCCAGGAGCUGGAGGACCAGGGGAGGGUCCACGUGGUUUACCGGCGCUCAGCGCUGCUGCAGGAACAGUCGGACAUCUCCAUGGACUACCAGCUGCAAGAACCAGAACUCGAUGUUCCUAGAACCCUCGACUCAGUGACCCGGCAGGUCAAUGAGACGCUCCACCGCCACCGUCGGGAUGCCGGAGAGGACGACUACAACAUUGAAAUCCUGCUGGGGGUCGAUGACUCGGUGGUUCGAUUUCAUGGCAAGGAGCACGUGCAGAAUUACCUCCUCACUCUGAUGAACAUCGUGAACGAGAUUUACCACGACGAGUCGCUGGGCGUCCACAUCAACGUAGUCCUGGUGAGGAUGAUCAUGCUGGGCUACGCAAAGUCCAUCAGCCUCAUUGAAAGAGGAAACCCGUCACGCAGCCUGGAGAACGUCUGCCGAUGGGCCUUUGUGCAGCAGAAAGGUGACCCCGACCACGCCGAGCACCACGACCAUGCCAUUUUCCUCACUCGCCAAGGCUUCGGCCCCACUGGCAUGCAGGGUUACGCUCCAGUAACAGGAAUGUGCCACCCGGUCCGGAGCUGCACCCUGAACCAUGAAGAUGGCUUCUCCUCGGCCUUCGUCGUGGCUCACGAGACCGGACAUGUGUUGGGCAUGGAGCACGACGGCCAGGGGAACCGCUGUGGCGACGAGACGGCGAUGGGAAGUGUCAUGGCUCCACUGGUUCAGGCGGCUUUCCAUCGAUACCACUGGUCCAUGUGCAGCGGACAGGAGCUGAAGAGAUACAUCCACACAUACGAUUGUCUCCUGGAUGACCCCUUCAAGCACGACUGGCCUCAGCUUCCCGAGCUUCCUGGCAUCAACUACUCAAUGGAUGAGCAGUGCCGAUUUGACUUUGGAGUCGGCUAUAAGAUCUGUACUUCAUUCCGUACGUUUGACCCGUGCAAACAGCUUUGGUGCAGCCACCCAGACAACCCUUACUUCUGCAAAACCAAGAAAGGACCUCCUCUGGACGGGACGGAGUGUGCUCCUGGGAAAUGGUGCUACAAAGGUCACUGCAUGUGGAAAAACCCAAAUCAGGUCAAGCAGGAUGGUUCUUGGGGCUCGUGGAGCAAAUAUGGCUCCUGCUCUCGAUCCUGUGGAACCGGAGUUCGCUUCCGGACUCGUCAGUGCAACAACCCGGCACCCUCCAACAGCGGUCAGGACUGUCCAGGAGUGAACUACGAGUAUCAGCUCUGCAACACCGACGACUGCCCCAAACACUUUGAGGAUUUCAGAGCUCAGCAGUGUCAGCUUCGAAACUCCCACUUCGAGUUCCAAAACGCCAAACACCACUGGCUGCCCUACGAGCAUCCCGACACCAGUAAGAGAUGCCACCUGUACUGUCAGUCCAAGGAGACAGGUGACAUGGUGUACAUGAAGCUCCUGGUGCAUGAUGGGACGCGAUGCUCCUACAAGGACGCCUACAGCAUCUGCGUGCGAGGAGAAUGUGUGAAAGUCGGCUGCGACAGAGAGAUCGGCUCGAACAAAGUUGAAGACAAGUGUGGGGUUUGUGGCGGAGACAACUCUCACUGCCGAACCGUCAAAGGAACCUUCACCAGAACGCCAAAGAAAGCUGGGAAACAGUUAAGCAAGAGAGCCCAAAAAGAAACCCCUUUGUUGGAAAACACAAUAUGGAAGACCAGAGGAGCCUUCUUUUUGCCCAAAGGAGCUCGAAAUGUGUUUUUAAAUGAAACCGAGGAUUCUAGAAAUGUGCUUGCAAUCAAGAACCAGGCGACGGGGCACUACAUCCUCAACGGGAAAGGAGAGGAGGUCAAGUCCAGGAGCUUCAUCGACCUGGGCGUGGAGUGGCAUUACAUCAUGGAGGAGGACGUGGAGACACUGCACACUGACGGGCCUCUGCACGACCCCGUGGUGGUUCUGAUUAUACCCAGAGACAAUGAAACGCGAUCUACUUUAAUGUACAAGUACAUCAUCCACGAAGACUCGGUGCCCGUGAACAACAACAACGUCAUCCAGGAGGACACCUACGAGUGGGCGCUCAAGAGCUGGUCGCCCUGUUCCAAGCUGUGUGCUGGAGGGUUUCAGUACACAAAGUACGGCUGUCGAAAGAAAGGAGACUCUAAGAUGGUCCACCGAGGAUACUGCGACGCCAACAAGAAGCCGAAACCCAUCCGCAGAAUGUGUAACCUCCAGGACUGCACUCAGCCUCAGUGGAUCUCAGACGAAUGGGAGCAUUGCACCAAGACCUGCGGCAGUCUGGGCUUCCAGAUCCGGACCGUCCGCUGCGUCCAGUUCCUCCACGACGGCACCAACCGAUCCGUCCACAGCAAAUACUGCAGCGGCGAGAAGCCUGAGAGUCGGAGGCCCUGCAACAGAGUGUCGUGUCCUGCCCAGUGGAGGACGGGAGCCUGGUCGGAGUGUUCGGUGACGUGUGGCGAGGGGAUGGAACGACGUCUGGUCACUUGCCGAAUUGGAGAUCAGUGUAACGGUGAAAAACCUGAGAAUGUGAGAAUGUGCAGACCUGGACCCUGCCAUGAUGAGCCCUGUAACGGAGACAAGUCCAUCUUCUGCCAGAUGGAGGUCUUAACGAGGUACUGCUCUAUUCCAGGCUACAACAAACUGUGCUGCGACUCCUGCAGUAAACGCACUGGAGUUCUGUCUUUGUUCUCCGAGGCGGCUGAGACUGAGGAACAUGUUCGUUUCGGAUCUGCCUCCCAGCUCCUGGAGACGCUGACAGCCUCUGUAGCCGCCAACAGCACUCGAGCUGGUAAACAAAGCUUGGGCAAAGGAUCCAACACAUCAGACAGCGCCGCAAAACAAACCAGCACCACCGCUCCGGGUAAAAAAGCCCCGUCGAAGAUCACCACAGCACCGAGGCGGGUACCAAGACAUGUGGAUCUCACUGGAAGGAAGCUCUCCACCGUGGCAGACCUGACUGAGGAUCAGACGUCGAACAGCUCCAUGGAAAGCCGGCGGCCCACAGCGUAUUCAGAAGUGGAGAGAUGAAAGUGACGCCUGUCCCUUCAGGACUCGUAAUGUACAGUAGAAAAUCCAGCUUCAUCCUGAGUCUUCUCACACCAAAAACACCACAGAGAGACAAAGAAAAGUGCUGGUUCACUUUGUUUUUAAGAAUUUCCCCCAAUAAGGACUUUAAAUCUCACUUUGAAAUCUCACAGUGAGCUCUGGGCUGAAAACUGCUCUCACACAUUAUGUUUAGAUGGAAAAUGAUUCAGUAAUUUCAAGGUAAAAGGGGCACAUGAUCCAAAGGGAAUUUUCAUCCGUGUCUAAUGAAAAACUAAAUGAAGUUCAGAGUGAAUAAUUUCAGGGAUGCAAAAACAGCCAAAGGACAGUUUAAUAAUGAAAGGACGCCUCUGAUUGCUACACCGACUCCAAACCAAUCACAAAGAAGCGGUCGCUUAAUUCCAGCCACGCUCUUGAUUUCUUGAACCAACGAGUGUUGAAGCUUUCCUUGAAGAAGUCGCCCACACUGUCACCCCGAGGUGGCAAGGAGGCGUCUGCAUUUCCCCUCCAUCGGUCCAUUUCUCCCGUCUUUAAUGAAUCGGGCACCUGUUGUCUCCGGCAGACGGCGAGAGAGGAAAUGUCAACGGCUGCAGUCAUAACACCUAAUUCAAUUUGUGAAAAUUUAUGCAGACCCACCUGAGUGGAACUCGCACAGCACAGAAAUAGAUCCAGGAAUCUGCUGCACAUAAUCAGCACAAGUCUCACAGUUUAGAUUCUACUAAUGUUGCACACUCCUGUUUCAUGUGGCCGUUAAUCAAACACCUCGAUGUGAUAAUCUUUGAGCUGGUAGUUAUAGUCAUGGAUAACUGGUUUAAAAGUUCAGAUCAUCUGAUACAGCUGAAAAUCCCCUUUACUUGAAUGUUACAAACUGCCAUUCUUCAUGCCAAAAAUCUUUGUAUGAAGCUUGACUUACAGACGGUUCAUUUGUGAAGUCGCUGCAUAUGCAAACUCAAACGUACUUUAAGCUAACAGAAAGUGACCAGAGUCAUGUCGGUGAAAAUCAUUAGGAAGAUGGUUUUGGUUGUAUAGAUUUUUUUUUUAUGUCCAGCUUUUGCCGUUGAAGUGGCACUCUGCAGUUUCUAUGGAGAUGGGUAUUUAUAAAGCUUCCUGUAAAUACUGUACAUGAAAACAUCAGUAUUAUUUUGAGGAACCGAAAAUACUUUCAGACACCAUUUUUAUAACCAAUUUGACCAAUACAGGUUGAUUCAAGUGUUUACCUGCUCAGUGGCAGUGUUGGUGACUUCACUAUAAACGGAUAUAAAGGGGGAUGGUUUCACGCUGGUGCAAAGUUCUCUCUGGAAAUUUCUCUUGACUACAGUGUAUUUUGAAGGAAUUUUUGGGAAAUACAUUCAUUUGCUUUCUUGUUGAGCGUUAAAUGGGAGGAUUGAUACCACUCUCCUGUCUGUAUGCUAAAUAUGAAGCCACCAUAGACUUUAUAAAGACAAGCCCUCCAAGACUUCAGCCACCAGUCUCUUAAACAGUGUUUUUAAAGCUCAGCAUGGUGGCUCUGGCCGUUUUCCAUCAAUCAAUCAGACUAUAUUUGUACCGCAUUUUUCAUAGAAAGGAAAUGUAACACAAAGUGCUUUAUAAAACAGACAGAACAAAAAAAGCAAUAAGAACAGAAAAAUUGACAUCCUUCCACCAAACCACAAAAACAUCAUGUCAAUAAUGAAGGACUCAGUUAAAAAGGCAAUGAGAAAGCAGCAAUAAAUGAAACACCAGACACAAAAUUAUGCAAAAUUCAUUAAAGCAAACAAGAAAAUAACAAAAAGCAAAGUGAUAAAAGAUGCAUAAAAUAGACUAAAAGGCAAGGAAGAAUCCAUAACAGCAAAAUGGAGCAUUCAUUUAAAAUUAUUCUAUAAAAAUAGAUAAAACAGACAAAAUCUAUAAAUAUAUGAUUAAAUAAAAUCUGUUUUAUGAAUAGCAAUACAUUUCAAAAAUAAUGGUAUAUAUAAUCAAUUAAAAGCCAGGUUAAACUUGCAGAAACUGGCCACAACCUUAAUUAUGCACAACUUUAAGCCUUAAUACAAAUUAAAUGGAUGAAUUCUAUAAAAAAAUUGCUUCCUGUACAUUUGUCAUGAACAGAAAAUUAGCCAAAGACACCAAAAUCAGUUUUUGCACCAGACUGUAAACAUGUUUAUUUGUACUGUAAAGUUCUUCAUUUUAACUUGGAGGUCUAUGGGGAUUGGCUCACUCUUGGAGGCAGCCUCACAUGGCCAUUUGAGGAGCUGCAGUUUUUAACACUUGGCAUUCGUGGGAUUUUUCAAUCCCAGAAGUUGUAAGCAACAGUCAGGAAACUGUUAGCUGAGCUUUCUAUGGGAGAUAACAAACCUGGCUGUGUCUCAAGAUAAAAUCACCCUAGUAGCACCUUUAAAUAAUGCAAAACUUUAAGCCUUAAUACAGUUUAAACAGGUGAAUUCUAUAAAAAUUCACCUCCUGUGCAGUUGUUAUGAACAGAAAAAUUAGCCAGAGACCAAAGCUAGUUUUUGUACCAGACUGUAAACAUGUUUAUUUGUACUGUAAAGUUCUGCAUCUUAACAUGGAGGUCUAUGAGGGUUUUCUCACAUUUGGACGCAGCCUCAAGUGGCCAUUUAAAGAACUGCAAUUUCUUGCUUCAUUUUUUAACUCCGGAGGUUAGAAGCAACAGUCAGGAAAAAGUUAAGUUGGACUCUGAAGGAAAUAAGUAGCCUGAGUCCCUCUGAAGAUAAAAUCUAACUACUAACAACUCUAGAUUAUGCAUAAUUUUAUCAAUCAAGAAUCAACAUUAUUACAUGUUUAUUUCUACUGUAAAGUUCUGUAUUUUAACACUGACGUCUUUGGGGAUGAACUCACUUCUGAAGGCAUCCCCAAGUUGCCAUUUGAGGAACUGCAGCUAAAGCUAAAGCUAAAAUCUGCCUACCAGCACCUCCACAACUCAGUGCUUAUUAUGCAACAUCUCAUUUUUCCAUCUGGGUUUUCAUCAAGGCCAAAGUCUGAAAAUAGUUUUUUACCUUUACAGUCAGGUUUGAUGCUUAGAUCUCCUUCAUAUUUAGCAUAAAAACAUUCAAGUCUCUGCAAGAAAGUAAAUCAUUUCACAAAGCUUUUGUUUUCCUAAAUCAGAAGUUUGUAUGGUGCUACCCAGUGACCUUUCUGACACUUUGUUUUGCCCUCCUAGUGAAAGUGUUUGCUCAGAAAGCUUGAAGUUGUUUGGUCAAAGAAGGGAACUAAGUCAGGAACAAACUUUUCAAGUGUUCUCAGUACUGUGUGUCUUAAACAGUAGAACAUUGUUCAACUGGAAAAACCUAGAAAAAAAAGUGUUUUUACUUUGAGAAUCUACAAAGACGCCACAGUCUUACAGUCAUCUCAGUCAAGGUAAUCCUAAGAACUUCAUUACAAAGAACUGGACUUCUUUCUUUUGGUUCUUGAAGAUGUUUCACCUUUAUCUUCUUAAGUUCUUCAAGACUGAAACAACUUCAAGAACCAAAGACAACAUGUCCAGCUGCUUUUCACUGAAGCUCUAAGGAUAUGACCAUUGAAAAGUAUCUUCACCUCAUAUUGAAACUCUACCUAGUGUUGGAUUUUCAAAUUCUUUUCAAUAGUAACAUUAAAGAGUUGACUGAUAUGAUUUAUUCAGAGCCAAUACCGAGGUAACAAGGAGUCCAAUAACCAAUAUCUGGAACCAAUAGCUGCUAAAUCUUCCUGUCAAAAUGUAGAAUAACACAAACUCCACCACAAAAUAUCCUAAAAAUGUCUUAGUUUAUGCAUGUUUUACAUGUGUUUGACUAAAAGAGAGCUUUCCACCAUUAAUUCUUCACUGUUUUAUAGGCUGUUAGUGGUGAUUUGUAACUAAUCAGGUGGUGCUACAGAUGGACUGGAAUGAAUUUAUUCUAUUGGGAAUUGGUUAAAAAGAAGUAACAAGACCAAUAAUGCUGAAUACUAGAUCUGAAAAACAUCCAUUCUGAUAAUCAUUCAAUUCCUAGUGAUGUAUACUUUUGGAUUAAAGUGUUUUUUGACCACUAGGAAGCAGACAGACUCUAAAACAAACUCUCCAGCUCUGAUAUUUUCAUUGAAUUGUAAAAAGCAAGCAGCUGACCUGUUGGAAAGCUUAUUUUCACAUUCAUUGCAUGAAUCGCAUUAGUGUCCAUGAGACGAAUGUCGGUCAAAUAUGCACUCCAAGAACAUCCACUUGUUUAUUUCAGCUCUCUGUCAGUUUGUUAAGUUUCUCUCGGAGCCAUGACAACGUGCUAAAAGCUGAUGCAGAGCUGUGGAGUCAGGUGUCGAUUCUCAAAGGAUUCAUCACAACACUGGACCAUUUUCACAUCACUCAGUCGAGUUUAAGGUCAGAAAAUUUGCUUAACGGUGCUUUGAGAUCAUCUGAACAAGGUUCUACUGGACAUUUUGUGUUUGCAUCGUUGACACAAUAAGAUGGUCUUUCAACGCAUUUUUACUGUUUGUGUUUUUUCUCCAAAGUAUUUUCUAAAUGGCUAUUUUUAGUGAGAGAAAGCUAUUUAUUUUUUAGAAAAAGAAUAAGGAUUUCCUCACAACCACCAUGCAUCUGACUGCAAUAGCAAAGACAUAAUUUUUGUGUUCUCAGCAAAAUAAAUAAAUCGCAACUACUCACACUCAUUCCUGUGUGCCAAUGUAUAGAACAUGUAUAUAGCAUUGAGUACAGAAGUAUUUAUUGAGAGUUAAAGGGUUCUGCUUUGUUUUUACAGUUUGUGCAGCCCAUGAAGCUGCGACGGAUAAACCAUGAUUUCAUCCUCACUUUUUUUCCAAUUUUAAAUGGAUUUCUGCUUUUGAUAGACUAGAAGAGACAUUGUUUUUUGCAAACAAUUAGAUGUAAAUAUACAUGCUCAGAUUUUGAGAUGUUUUACUUGUUGUCAGAAGGCUGUUUUUUCACAGCUGUUUUGUAGUGAGUUGUUAACAGAGUUCGCAGCAGCAUGUACUGACCAGACAAGUGCUUUAUUUUAACCAAUAAAACAUAAAUAGUGUAGAACCAGUAGACCAGUAAAGUUGUUUUUUUGUAGUUUGUCAGUAUUUUCUUGCCAUUUUACAUUUUUCUCCCCAGUUCUUUUCACGUCCUUCACUUGCUGUCUAUAAACCGUUGCUGCUGAUGUUGUAGAGAGCUUGUAAUGAUAACUAGCUAGCUGUAGAUUGACAAUCCCUGAGCCUCAGACAGAUAUUAUUACUGCAUAGGAUCCUCCAUGUACUGUAUCGAUGCCCCCGUGCUGUCCAUGCAUUGAAGUGUUGUCGGUCCCUCUCUGCUCUAUUUGCUUUUCUAUGUAUUUGUGUAGAUUGAAGUGUACACUACUGAUGCUGUUUGUUGUAAUGGGGAGCACAUAACAAUAAAAGAUAAAAAUAACUGCUCUA